UAGCGCCGAUUGAGUUAUGAAACAAUGCAAGUUUGUUUUUCAUCGAAGUACCCGAUGCAUUCACGUGCCGGAUGUAAACAAAUCUGAUAAUGGCUGCGCCCAUUAUAAUGUCACAUUUAGCGGAGAUCAUGUUGUGAUAUAAUUCAGUCGUAAUCAUUUUCUUUUUUGAAACCUUUGAUUUAGUGAAGAGAGUAUUAAAAGAAGCUUCCAAUUCAAAACUAUGGCAGCCAUGAUUUUCACUUUUGUAAAACCACCCCACCUUCAUAGAACUUUGAACCUAUGCAAAAAUUCAACCCAUUUUUUACAGCGUAUGCCUUUACAUUCCACAAAAGCAGUUCAUAUAGACAAUGUCUUUGCUGCCUGCAAGCUGUUCUCACAAAGGGCUAAAGUUAGAUUCAACGUACAAAGUAAUUUCCAUUCUUUGAGUAGGCUGAGACAGCAUGGAGGAACCAUUUUAGGUUCAUGGCCAACUAGGAUCUUCAAAAGAAUUUCUCGAGCCGCCAACUCACAAAAUGUUAACAAAGCGCAGGACAAGCUAAGCACUUCAGCUAAACAAGGCUUAAAUCAGAUGUCAGUAACUAAUGUAGCCAAACCUAAAAAUAUAAAAAGACUUUUAGCCUUGGCUAAAAAUGAAAAAUGGAAAUUAGCAGGGGCAUUACUCUGUCUGAUUGUCUCAAGUUUUGUGACUUUAUCCGUGCCUUAUUUUAUCGGCAAAAUUGUUGAUCUCAUCUACACAACAGAAAAAGAAAAAAUGGUGCACAAAUUAACUGUGUUCUGCUCGAGCCUCCUAGGAAUUUUUCUGAUUGGUGGUUUGGCCAAUUUCGGACGAGUCUAUAUUAUACAGUGCUCUAGUCAGAGGAUUGUCAAAACACUGAGAGAGUUGUUGUUUGGAAAGAUCAUGAGACAGGAAGUUGGCUUUUUUGAUAAAACCAAAACGGGAGAGCUGAUUAACAGAUUGUCGUCAGACACGCAGGUCGUCUCUCAGGCCCUGUCCCAGAAUAUUUCUGAUGGAGUUCGUUCCAUUUUGCAAUCUAUUACAGGCCUUGGUAUGAUGGUCUUUAUAUCUGCUAAACUGACUUUAAUCUCAAUGUGCAUUGUUCCCCCUGUGGCUGUGGGAUCUAUAAUCUAUGGUCGCUAUCUCAGGAAGAUCACAAAGAAAGUUCAAGAUUCUUUGGCGAAUGCAACGCAGGUAGCAGAAGAGAGAAUCGCUACAAUCAGAACUGUUAGAGCAUUCGCUCAUGAGGACAAAGAAUGUACAAUGUAUAAUGAUAGUAUUGACCAAGUUCUGCAGUUGUCUUAUAAAGAAUCUUUGGCUCGGGCGAUAUUUUGGGGAUUUGCGGGUUUCUCAGGAAACGUCAUAAUUAUUUCUGUCUUCUACUUUGGAGGCCGUAUGAUGAUGGUGUCUGAUAUCUCUGUUGGGGAUCUGUCUGCCUUCCUAAUGUAUGCCGCCUAUGUUGGGACUUCACUUAAUGGCAUCACUUCCUUUAUCACAGAAUUAAACCGAGGUGUGGCAGCUAGUGACAGAAUAUGGGAUAUAAUGGACAGGAAACCUCUUAUUGAGCUGGAUUACUUGACAAGACCACUCAAAACACUUGAUUUUUUCAAAGGAAACCUUCGAAUGAACAAUGUUAGCUUUAGCUACCCCUCACGCUCGGAGAUGCCAAUAUUUACUGACAUGACACUGGACAUACCUUCUGGCAGUGUCACUGCCAUUGUCGGACCAAGUGGAUCUGGGAAAUCAACUAUCAGUUCUUUACUUUUGAGAUUGUAUGAUCCAUUAUCUGGGUCUAUAACUCUUGAUGGCCAUGAUCUGCGUGACCUAGAUCCAAACUGGUUGCGAAGAAAUAUUGGAAUAGUCAGCCAGGAACCUGUCCUUCUGUCCACAAGUAUCGGUGAGAACAUCGCCUACGGUGCGGAGAAGCCAGAGUUGGUGUCUGCUGAGCAGAUCAUUCAGGCUGCAAAGCAAGCCAACGCUUAUAAUUUCAUUGAGGACUUUCCAGAAGGUUUCGCUACAUUAGUUGGAGAGAGGGGCAUGAUGCUAUCAGGAGGCCAGAGGCAAAGGGUUGCUAUAGCCAGAGCAAUUUUAAAGAAUCCUAAAAUUCUUAUUUUGGAUGAGGCAACCAGUGCCUUGGAUGCAGAGAGUGAAUACCAAGUACAGGAUGCCCUGGAUAAACUCAUGGUUGGGAGGACUGUGCUGAUCAUCGCCCACCGCUUGUCCACCAUUAAAUCAGCAGACAAAAUUGUUGUGAUAGAUGAGGGUCAAGUGAAAGAGAGUGGUUCCUAUGACCAGCUGAUCUCACUGCCACAGGGUCUCUUCAAGAAACUUGUAGAAAGACAAACAUUUGUCAAGUAAAAGUUGGCAAUAGUUUUAGUUGAUGGCUUAAGUUUCUCAGCAGUGCAAUGCAUGCUUAUCACACCUCAUUAGAAAUGUCAUGACUAUUUAAAAUGACUGGACCUGCAUGUUAGUCGAACCAUAAUACUCAGAUUUUUAACAUUUAGCAUCCAGUUUGUGCAUGAGUUCCUAAAGGGCAAUAAUUUUUCUGUCACAUAAAUCUGUAACAUGCAAUCUUCUUGGAAUAUUGCUAAAUAAACAUUUUCCUUGUUGGCUCAGGGCACCAAGUUUGAGUCAUUUAUGGUUAUAUCUUCUUAUAAUUUUUACAUCUAAUGAUAUGAAUUUUUAUUUCUUUCAUGUUUUUCUUGUAUUUUUAUUUUUUUCCCUCACAAUUUUGUUUUACAAAUUUCAGGCCUCUGUUCUGAUUUGUGA